AUGCCUCUUACCGAUAUGCGGUCUCUCUUCGAAGUGGUACUUUCCACGAUCGGGCCGGACUCCCUUCCCCAGGAGUCACUUGAACGGCUAAGCCUGAUGUUCAGCGAAUUUGUGCUCGUCGCAGCGCUUGACUACAUCGACAGAGACCGUGUCAUACGCAUUGUCAUGCCCUGGGGCAAGUCCCAUUAUGAAGUUCUUGGCGAGCACUACUCGCGUACCGUCUCAACCAACCUACCUGCGCCCGCGGUGUCGGUUUUCUGCAGUUGUCCGACGUAUGCGGACGCUGUGCUUCUAAGCGGAUCGCAUAUCAUGUGUAAGCAUGCACUAGCAGUAUGUAUCGCGCAGCGCAUGGAGCGUUGCGUCGAACGUGUGGCGACAGCAGAAGACGCGUUAGCCUUCUUCUCCAGACAUCAUCUUGGCCCUCGAUCCGAUUUCACGACAUGA